AUGAACUUUCUUUGCAUAAACACAUUCUUCAAGAUGAUUCUUACGGGUCUCUGUAUGUUACUGAUAAUUUCAAGAGUUCAAACUUCCACCAUUUCUAUGCUAACAGAUGAUGAAACAACAAACGCAACGAGUCUCAACCUUGAUACGUUGGAUUCUAACAAUGUGGACGUAUUUAGACAGCUUCUAAACCAGGAAACCAUCAUCAGAAUGACGUUGGUCAAGAAUGUUCACGCGCUUAUGAAAGACAUGUUGAUAUUACAAGAAAAACUCACUGCAGCCGAAAACAGGAUUUCCAAGAUUCACACAUCUACUGAUCAUGAAAUAUCUAAGCUGAAGGAGGAGGUCAAACUUUUAAAAACGGAAAACGAAUUUCUAAAAAAUAACAGCGCUCAAGUAAGAGCCGACAUAGAUCAGUUGAAUGAAAACUUGACUGACUUAUCGAACACCCUUACUGACGUAAAAAUUGAGGUUCGAUAUCUGUCGAUAACGUUGUUUGAUAUUAACACUAAUGUGCGAGAAACCGCCGAAAUAUUACAGCAUCACAAUAAUUCAAUGGAAAAUAUAAACUCAGACAUAGUUCACAACGACCGAAAACAAUCUGCAGCAUUGUUGGAGCUAGGAAAACAACACGUGAGAUUUAUUGAUGACAUUCGUAACACCACAAGGACUCUUAAGGCUGACAUUGACCAAUUUCAAACGGAUCAGUGGAGGUUAUCAGCUUCUGUAUCAUCUUUGGAACUAUUCCGUAACAAUCAAACGAAAUGUGAUCAAAACCAAGAAGUAGCCUUCACUGCUUCAGUAACAUCGCCUAGCUCUACUUGGAAUAGCGGGACUUUGAUAUUUGAUGUGGUCAUCACGAAUACCGGAAAUGGAUACAACCCCAGCACAGGGGUUUUCACCUCGCCUAGAAGUGGAACAUACGUCUUCUACAUUACUGCUAUAGAAAACAGUGCACAAUCUCUUUUCAUAGAUAUAGUAUUAAACAGCGUGUCUAAAGUUCGAGCGUAUUGUCAUAGUUCUGCAUCAUACCGUACAGGGACUAACAUGGUAGUGUUAGAACUCCAGAAGGGAGACAGUGUAUGGGUGAGGCAUUAUAGUGGAAAAGGCUAUCACACCCACUCUGUACCCUUAACAACAUUCUCUGGAUAUCUUAUUUCAUAAAGUUUAAGUAUUCAUUCACAUUAAUGUGUUUAGCUUUGAUUGGGUUUUUUUCAGGAUUUAAUUUGUAAAAAAGUAUAAUAUCUGCAUUCUUUUUAAAAAACUUUGCAAACUUUUUUUUUAACGGGAACUGUACUUAAGUAUGUUUGCUACGAUUAAUGUGUAAUGUAUUCUGUAGACGUCGACUAAAGUGUUUAAUUAUUUUAAAUUACUAUUAAAGUUGACUGUUUAACAAUUGAUUUUUCGGACUUUCGGACUUUUUUUUUAAUCGUUUAUUUAUUUCCUUCUCAGGGUC